ACGUUUCUCCUUUGUCACAUGUUUUGCAGGUUUUGCAUCUGCGCGCAAAGGUUUUCUGGAAAUUUUUGCCGGGUCGACUAUUUUUCAUUCAUUCUUCGCCAAUCGUUUCUGUGAAAAUCCGCGCUCUCGUGUCGUGUUCUGUUCACGGUUUUGUGCAGUGCAGUGAAAGUGAUACCGAUUUCGAUUGACAACGAUGUCGGCCAAUUCGGUGCUGUUGGAUUUCUCGCUCGAUCCAACCCGGAUCAAUGACGAAGUUUCGCGCAAAGACAUCGUGAAGUUAUGCAAGGAGCACCUGGAGAAGUACAUUUCCGGCCUGAAGAUCACCUACGACAUGCUGACCGAGGACGGCUAUCUGUGCAUCCUGAAUGCCCCCGGGGCCGUCAUCACGACCAUUAGGUUCUUCAACCAGGGCCUCAUCACGGUCAACAUCGAGUACUUCCGGGCCGAGAGCGAGGCGCCUAAGAUUACCUUCGAACAAAUCAAAUCGCUAGAGAAUAAUUUACGCCUAAAGUUAGAGGCAAAGCGUUCCAAGCAUCUACCACCGAUAAAAAGAGGCAGUAAUAUUGACGUAUACCUAACGAGCUCAGAUGAACGAGUAAUCGAGUACGACAUUGACAAGGUGCUCUACGAUAAACGUUCCGAUUUCCAAAAAAUCCAAAUCGUUCAUUCCAAGAGCCUGGGCAAUAUGCUCGUUCUGGAUGAGUUGCAAAAUAUUGCCGAGGCCGAUCUCAUCUACACGGAAACGUUGAUGCGCCGAGGAGUGGAAAACUACAAAGACAAGGAGAUCUGCAUUCUCGGUGGCGGAGACGGAGCGCUGUUGUACGAACUGCUCAAGGAAGAACCAAAGCACGUGGUAAUGUUGGAAAUUGACGAUCUCGUGAUGGAAGCCUGUAACAAGUACAUGAACUCCAUCUGUGGCGAUGUGUUGGAAAAACGCAAAAGCGACAAUUACGAAAUUGUCAUUGGAGAUUGUAUGAUGUACUUGAACAAAUUUAUCAAAGAGGGACGCAAAUUUGACUACGUCUUCGGUGACUUGACCGAUAUCCCAAUUUCCGACACGCCUACCGGUGAGAUUUGGGACUUUAUUCGCGUUAUUCUCGAAUCGUCGUUCAAGGUGCUCAAACCGGACGGAAAAUUCAUGACUCAUGGAAAUGGAGUCAGCUGUCCCGAAUCUCUUCAAAUGUACGAAGACCAGCUCGAAAAGCUUACACCAAAGGUUAACUUUACAAAGUGCAGCGCAUUUGUACCGUCGUUCAUGGAAGAGUGGGUAUUCUAUCAAGUGCAGCGUGUGCCGGAAGCCGCAGCCAGCGUUUGACUUCCAUACCGGCACCACCAUCAAGUCUAUUAUGGAUUCGAAGCACAAACCAUCGAAGCCCUUCGAUGACCCUUCUUCUACUGUCAACGGUGCGGCGGAUCCACUACAGUAACCAACAUAGAACAUCAACCUCUUCCAGUCUCGAUGUCAGUGCACUCAAAGUAUAAUAGCAUUUCAACUUAUAACAGCAUUAUGAAACUGCUCACGAUGAUAAACGGUAGCAGAUCCUUAUUAUAGUAGUAGCACGUUAAUAUAUAUAUAUUUAUUAGCACAGUAUACUUCUAGUGGCAAAGCAGCAAAGUUUAACUUUCGACUGUGUACUUUUGCGACCUCGGAACGUCUUACCUAUCGAUAAGUGGCCAUAAUGUAGCUAACUUAAAGCAUUUGCUAUCUCCUCAGUCUCGUUGUUCGUUUUAAUUUGUUUUAAUGUUUUUAUAUGUUUAGCUGGCAGUUAAUUUACUUAAAGCACAAAAUAAUUUGUUGUAAAUACUUCGCGCAGCUGAUUGCGUCAUCGGUUCCUGUAGCCAUUAUGUUCCUGUUCGAAUUAUUUAAAACAUCUAAGUUAUUGCGAUAUAAAACAAACUAGUGAGUAGUGAAUAACCAAUUGGACGUGCAAGUUAGUAAAGUUUAUGUUGGUAAGUGUGAGGUCGUAGCAAAGAGAGUAAUAAAGACAUUAAUAUGACGAAUCUGGUACCUUACACGACUACUGUUUCAAUUCUUCCCGUGGUGUUGUAGAGUAGAUAUUUCCCUAAAUUUGAGAAAUAAAAAUUUCGAAUCCACCCUCGAA